UUCUCUUCAUGUACAAAUUCAAACCACCUUGGGACUCUUCUUCAUUCAUACUCACCAACUUCCCACUACAUACAAAAAACUCCCAUUUCUCCCACUCAUGGUUCCUGACUUGGAGAAGCCUCGGAUCACGGAGAUAAAGGUUCGGAUGGAUUGUAAAGGCUGUGUACAAAAGAUCAAGAAGGCCCUGCACGGCAUUAAUGGCAUAUAUGAUUUAUACGUCGAUUCGGGGCAACAAAAACUGACCAUCGUAGGGUGGGCCGAUCCGGAAAAGGUCAUCAAAGCCAUCAACAAGAAAAGGAAGAAUGCCACCAUUUGUGCCCACACAGAACCAGAGAACACAGUGCCUCAGACCACUGAACCAGCAGUCGAGAGUGGCCCACCAGCCCCUGCACCUGAGCCCACCAACCCGCCCUCAAGUGACGGCCCACCUGCCGAACCAGCCCCACCAGCAGAGCCCACCAAAGAAUCUCCACCAACCGAAAAUCCACCACCAGAGGUGGCACCAUCACCAGUGCCUACUGACACUGGUGCAGCCCAACCAGUGGGCCCAUCAGGACCUAAAGACAUCGAACCAAUCCGCAUCAUACAUCACUGGCACGAACCCCCGCACAUUGUUACUCACAGCUAUAACAGCUACAAACCGUCGCCUUACGUAUCCCGAUAUGCGAUGGAAUACGGGUAUCCCCAGUCGCCACAACAGUACAGUAUAUCAGAACCGUACAUGGACUACGAUCGUCGCGGCCGCAGGAACGGUGGUGGGACCCUCAUAACAUCAAUGUUCAGUGAUGAGAAUCCAAAUGCAUGCAGGAUAGUAUAAG